CCCUCCCUCCCUCCCUCUACCCAGUUUCCUGAUUUUUUUUCCUGCCGAUUCGAUCUCCGCGACGGAGACCUCCAUCCCCAUGGACGCGGCAGAAGAGAGGAGACUGCUGGUCCAAGGGGACGGGGAUCAGGAGCCGCUCCUUCUUCCUUCCCUGGAUGCAAGUCUUUACACAGGCGAUGGUUCAGUUGACAUCAAAGGCCGUCCCGCGACAAGGCGCACCACCGGCAAUUGGCGAGCAUGCUGCUUCAUCCUAGGAACUGAGAGUUGUGAGCGUCUGGCCUACUACGGAAUUGCAACAAACCUAGUUACUUAUCUGAAGAUAAAGCUUCAUCAAGGAAAUCUUGAAGCUGCAAGAAAUGUUAUCACUUGGCAAGGGACAUGCUAUCUGACUUCCCUCGUUGGAGCCAUCCUAGCAGAUUCUUAUUGGGGAAAGUACUGGACUAUUGUUGUUUUCUCGUCGAUUUAUUUCAUUGGUCUGGCUGGUUUAACGCUUUCAGCAUCACUUCCAGCACUUCAACCACCUUCAUGUUCAGGAUCUGUUUGCCCAGAACCAAGCCUACUUCAGAAUGGCACAUUUUUCCUGGGCCUCUAUAUGAUUGCCCUAGGAACCGGAGGCAUUAAACCUUGUGUGUCAUCCUUUGGAGCUGACCAAUUUGAUGUCAGUGAUCCGACAGAGAGAGUAAAGCAGGGUUCCUUCUUCAAUUGGUUCUAUUUCUGCAUAAAUGUCGGUGCACUCUUAUCAGGCACUGUUAUUGUUUGGAUACAAGAUAACUCAGGUUGGGGAAUAGGAUUUGCCAUUCCUACUGUAUUUAUGGCACUGGCUAUCGCAAGCUUCUUUUCAGCCUCAAAUAUGUAUAGAUUUCAGAAACCCGGUGGGAGUCCAAUUACAAGAGUGUGCCAGGUUGUUGUCGCAGCAUUCCGUAAGUGGCAUAUCGAGUUGCCACUCGACGCUUCUCUUCUGUAUGAAGUUGAUGGUCGAAAGUCAGCAAUAGAGGGAAGCCGAAAGCUGGAGCACACAAAAAAUGAAUACCUAAAUGCAACAAAAGGAAUAUGGAUAGGGGGCAUCCAUGCCAAAAUGUAUGGCACUAGUUCAUGGUGGGCUGCUAUCAUCUCAUCUACUGAUGCCAAGAGUGACUUUUCUGCAAACCCAUGGAGGCUAUGCACUGUCACCCAAGUGGAAGAACUGAAGAUCCUAGUAAGAAUGUUCCCAGUUUGGGCGACUACAAUCAUAUUCAGCGGGGUAUUUGCUCAGAACUCCGUAUUCGUGGAGCAGGGAAUGGUUCUUGACAAACGGGUUGGAUCUUUCGAUAUUCCUCCUGCAUCCCUAUUAACUUUCGACGUAAUCAGUGUCAUGAUCUGGAUUCCAAUUUAUGACCGUAUACUCAUACCCAUAGCUAGAAAGUUCACUGGAAGGGAAAAGGGUUUCUCUGAGCUACAGCGAAUGGGCAUUGGAUUAGUCCUAUCCAUUAUGACAAUGGUAUCUGCAGCUCUUGUUGAGUUGAAGCGCUUAGAGAUUGCCAGGACUGAGGGUCUUGUUCAUGAGAAUGUUGCUGUUCCGAUGAGCAUUCUUUGGCAAAUACCACAGUAUUGCUUUGCUGGUGCUGCCGAGGUUUUCACCGCUAUAGGUCAAGUCGAGUUCUUCUAUGGUCAGGCCCCAGAUGCCAUGAGGAGCUUAUGUGCUGCAUUGGCACUUGUUACGGUCACGGUGGGAAGCUAUUUAAGCUCAAUCAUAUUGACCUUGGUGUCAUACCUUACAACUCAAGGAGGAGAUGCAGGAUGGAUCCCAGAUAACUUGAAUGAAGGCCAUCUCGACCGGUUUUUUUGGUUGCUGGCAGGGAUCAGCUUUGUAAAUUUGCUGGUUUACAUUGGUUGCGCAAUGAGAUACAAAUAUAAGAAUGUGUGAUGGUUAUAGUUACUGUAAAAAAAGCUUUCUGUACUUUCAGAUUCCAUAUUCAUCGAGGCCAUGCAUUGUAUAGACUAAACUGACAGCUACCCUCCUCGGCAAGUUUUCAAGAAAAGAGUUACAAUUGGGUUUCUCUUGCAA